AGGUUCCUGUUCGAUAACUCCAUUCCGCGCCCCUGUUCAAUAAGCGAACGUCGCGUUCGAUAGCUCUGCUCCGGGUUUUCCGCGAGCUCCCCCUCCUUUCUCCUGAACUCCAGCCCCUCGCUCUCUCUCUAUCAGCCUCUCACUCCGUCUCAAUAUGUCUCAAGAUGGCGGCCAAUGCGGGAUCGAUGUUUCAAUAUUGGAAGCGCUUUGAUUUACAACAGUUGCAGAGAGAGCUUGAUGCUACCGCCACUGUACUGGCCAACAGACAAGAUGAGAGUGAGCAGUCCAGAAAAAAGCUUAUUGAUCAGAGCCGCGAGUUUAAGAAGAACACACCAGAGGAUCUCCGCAAGCAGGUAGCUCCAUUACUAAAGAGCUUCCAGGCAGAAAUUGAUGCCUUGAGUAAACGAAGCAAAGAAGCAGAAGCAGCUUUCUUGAAUGUUUAUAAGAGACUAAUCGAUGUCCCAGAUCCAGUACCAGCCCUGGAACUGGGUCAGCAACUUCAGGUGAAGGUGCAACGCAUGCAUGAUAUUGAGACCGAGAACCAGAAGCUGAGGGAAACACUGGAGGAUUACAACAAGGAGUUUGCAGAGGUUAAAAAUCAGGAAGUAACAAUUAAAGCACUUAAAGAAAAGAUUCGGGAAUAUGAGCAGUCUUUAAAAGCCCAAGUGGAGACCCUAGCUCUUGAGAAGGAGCAACAGCUACAAAACAACUAUGCAGAAAAGGAGAGGAGGCUUCAGGAAACACAAGAGUCCCUUUCCUCAAAAUUGGAGGAGGCAAAUCGCAAGGCUCAGUCACUGCAGUCAGCAUUGGAUGCCACUCAGGCUGAACUGUUUGAUCUGAAAACAAAGUAUGAUGAAGAGUCUACUGCAAAGUCUGAUGAAAUUGAGAUGGUUAUGACUGACCUUGAGAGAGCUAAUCAGAGAGCAGAGGCAGCUGAGAGAGAAGCUGAGACCUUACGAGAGCAGCUCACAUCUGCCAACAAGUCCCUUCAGCUGGCCAAUCAGAUUCAGAAGGCUCCUGAUGUGGAGCAAGCAAUUGAAGUGUUGACACGGUCCAGCUUGGAGGUGGAACUAACAGCAAAGGACAGAGAGAUCACUCAGCUGGUAGAAGAUGUACAGCGACUGCAAGCCAACCUAAGCACACUGCGCGAGAGCUCUGCCAGCCAGAUAUCUCAACUUGAGCAGCAGCUCAACACCAAGAACUCCACUCUCAAGCAACUAGAGGAUAAGCUGAAAGGACAGGCUGACUAUGAAGAAGUCAAGAAGGAGUUGAAUAUUUUGAAGUCUAUGGAAUUUGUUUCAUCUGAAGGUUCUGCUGCACAGGAUGCAUCAAAACCACUGGAGGUAUUGCUACUGGAGAAGAAUCGCUCUUUGCAGUCAGAAAGUGCAAGUCUUCGUAUUGCUAACAGUGAUCUGAGCGGGUCAGCUGGGAGGAAAAGCAAAGACCAAACACCGGAGAGUCAAUGUGUCAACGCUGCUGUUACCACCACUGCCACCAACACCACCACCUCCACCACCCUGCAGGCCACCCCAUCCCCUUCACAACUGCUGCGCACAACUGGUAGCAACAGUACCGGACCUGCCGAGCAGGCAUCCACCACCAACGGCACGCACCAGUUUUCUCCUACAGGCAUUGGACAGGACUUUUUUGGGGCCACCCUGGCUGGGACACCUGGCUCAUUCCCUUUGGCAGGAAAGGUUGCAUUGAACUCUCUUCUACAGCGCCAAAUCAUGCAAACGUUUUAUUCUAAAGCCCUUCAGGAGUCAUCUGCUGGUACAGCUACCAUGUUGUUUGCCCCAGCAACAUAUAGCACAAAUUCUCUUUCUGUCAGCCCUCUUCAGCAGCAGGCAAGCAGCCCAGAUGUCAACGGUAUGGCACCAUCUCCAAGCCAAUCAGAAAGUGCAGGUAGCAUCUCGGAAGGAGAAGAUAUGGACACUGCUGAGAUUGCCAGGCAGGUGAAAGAACAGCUCAUCAAGCACAACAUCGGUCAACGUAUUUUUGGCCAUUAUGUUUUGGGCCUCUCACAAGGCUCAGUCAGUGAGAUCCUGGCCCGUCCAAAGCCCUGGAAUAAGCUAACGAUUCGUGGCAAAGAACCCUUCCACAAGAUGAAACAGUUCCUGUCAGAUGAGCAAAACAUCUUGGCUCUACGCAGCAUCCAAGGUCGCCAGAGAGAGAAUCCAGGCCAGACCCUGAACAGAGUGUUUCAGGAGAUACCGAAAAGAAGAAAUGGCUCAGAAGGUACGUCGUGGCCAGGGAACAUUACAACUCGAAUUCGGAGCACAGAGAGUGGCUCAGAUGAAGCCAUCAAAUCUAUCCUGGAGCAGGCUAAGAGGGAGCUGCAGGUGCAGAAGACAGCUGAGCCUUCUCAGUCUUCCUCAGUUUCGAGCAGCAGUGCCUGUGGAACUGGGUCAGGAAGCAGCUCAGAUGAAGCCAUCCGCUCAAUCUUGGAACAGGCACGACGGGAAAUGGAAGCCCAGCAAGCUGCUUUGGAGCCCAUACUCAAAUCUGGACCUCUGUCCACAACAGAGAUCUCUGUAUUAUCACCCAAGCUUCUGGCUACUCCUCAGUUAGUUCCUGCAUUUGCUCCAAUGUCCCUUUCUCUGAAGAAGCCUACUGGUUCGGCUUCCGUCCUGGAGUUUCAUUCUUGCAGUACAAUCAAAAAGGAGAAUACAGAGUCACCAAUUGCAGAACUCCAAGGAAUUGCUGAUGGCGGUCCAAAGCAGGGAAAGAAUGCUGAGAGCAACCGUACAGCCUGUUGGAGGGACCAAUGGUGGAGCACCAUGCAUUCAGAUCGACGCAGUGCUCCACUUGCUACAGAUGAUAGCCGUGUUCCAGAAGAUGUCAAAGAGAAGCCCCCACGGCUGGGUGGGUCCUCUGCCCCUGCGUCAUCCUCCUCAGACUACUGGAAGGACUGGCCGAGCGCAGAGUCUCCUUAUUCACAGAGCUCAGAGCUAAGCAUGCAGGGUGCCAGCCGCAGCGAGACCCCUCAGAGCAGCCCCCUGCCCUCCUCCCCGCUGCUGCCCCUCACCAAGCCCACCAAGCCUGCUGUCCCACCGCUGACCCCGGAGCAGUAUGAGUUCUACAUGUACCAGGAGGUGGACACCAUCGAUCUGACACGCCAGGUCAAGGAGAAGCUAGCCAAGAAUGGCAUCUGCCAGCGGAUCUUUGGAGAAAAGGUGUUGGGACUUUCACAAGGAAGUGUUAGUGAUAUGCUAUCUAGGCCCAAACCCUGGAGCAAACUGACACAGAAGGGCCGAGAACCAUUUAUCCGCAUGCAGUUAUGGCUCAAUGGAGAGCUUGGUCAGAAUGUGUUACCUUUGCAGGGCCAACAGCAAGAGAGCACUCCAAAAACAUCAGCAAGCUGCAGUCCAGCUCCAGAAUCUCCACUUAGCUCAGCAGGGGAGUCUGUGAAGAGCCUGACAGAUAAUACCACACAGACUUCAUCUCAAGACCUUUGCGAACCGUCUGAGUCCCAGCCCAGCACACCACUUCCACCCCCUGGACACUCUGGCCUUAGCAUCCAGGAGAUGGUUGCUAUGUCUCCAGAGCUUGACACCUAUGUUAUUACCAAGAAGGUCAAGGAGGUUCUGACAGACAACAAUCUUGGGCAGCGACUCUUUGGCGAGACUAUCCUAGGCCUGACCCAAGGUUCUGUCUCGGACCUGCUGGCCCGACCAAAACCCUGGCACAAGCUCAGUCUGAAGGGGAGGGAGCCCUUUGUGCGUAUGCAGCUCUGGCUGAGUGACCCGCACAACGUCGAGAAGCUAAUGGACAUGAAGCGCAUGGAGAAGAAAGCUUACAUGAAGCGACGUCAUAGUUCAGUAAGUGACAGCCAACCUGUCGACAGCAGUUUGACCACAAUCGACUACAGUCAAGGAGCCAGCCCCCAGCACCAGCAUCAUCAACUGAAAAAGCCUCGUGUUGUACUGGCCCCUGAAGAGAAGGAGGCUCUCAAGCGAGCUUACCAGCAAAAGCCCUACCCUUCCCCUAAAACAAUUGAGGAACUUGCUAACCAACUCAACCUCAAAACAAGCACUGUCAUUAACUGGUUCCAUAACUACAGGUCCAGGAUCCGCAGGGAGCUCUUCAUUGAGGAAAUCCAGGCAGGCAGCCAAGGUGCACCUACUGAGAGUGGCUCUCCUACAUCUCGAGCCUGUAAGACCAGUGGUGAACGGGACAGUUGUGAUGGCACUGAGUCUGAUGGAACUAUGGAAAGCAGACCAGGAGUUGCCUUGGGGCCUGAUGACUGUGGGGUGACUUCAGAGGGAGAGGGUCCUGACUCCAGAGAAGAAGGAGGAACCCAAACUCCCACUCGCUCCCCUGCCCUGCAGGACGCCACUACCUCAGCAUCCAGUAUACCCGGCACCAGUGGGCACAAGGGUGGUGCCCUCCAGAGCUUGUUCAGCUUUCCAGAGACAACGCCAGCCUCUGCCAAGAAUCCCAGGGAUAGCAGUCUGCGCAAAAAAAAGGCUGCCAAUCUAAACAACAUCAUCCAUCGCUUAGAGAAGGCUGCUAGUCGAGAAGAGCCCUCUGAGUGGGAGUUUUGAGAUGUUUAGGGGCUUUUGUUUGUUGUUUUUGUAUUUUUUUAAACAUUCAUGCAGUCUUUUUUGCAGAGGCAAAGCCUGGCAGAAAAGUGAAGAAAAAGGUCAGUUGGAAUUCAGAAGUGAGGGAAUCUUAAAAAAAACUACAAGGACCUCCAUCUGGUUUUUAUUUGUGAAGCACUUAAUGCCCUGCUGGCCACAGGGCCUUCCCACCAUAGGCCAAAUGGUGCAAAAAGAUUUAGAAGCCUAACUGAAAAGGAGAACCAGAGACGAUAAGGAGCAUUAAAAUCCUAGGAUACCAUGCAGUUUUCAGAAGAAAAAAACUUAAGAAGCAAUUUUUUUCUCUGCAAAGAGGGCAUGUUGCCCUCAAAAAUGUUUUUGAAUAAUUGUUUUCUGCGUGAAUUUUCUUCACACUGUUGAGCUGAAUAACUGUUACAGCAUUUGCCUUGUCGUGCGUGUGUGUGUGCGUGCAUUUUGGGUUUUUUCCCCAUUUUUUGUUCUUUGGUGUCCAAGAAUGAGCAGGAAAAUGAAAUAAGAAU